AUGUUCCCGCGCCCAUCUGCGUCGGUACUCCUCGUCCCCAUCGCCACCCUGAGCAGUGUGUCUAUUUACCCGCCUACAUCCCUCCUCGAUCCCUUGGCGGCCCCUGUAGUACCCAACUCGCAAAACAUCUUGAGUUCUGUACUGAAGACGAAAUCGAACUCGUUGGUAGUCGUGCCUGCCUUUCUGGCACAAUGGGCAUUUUCCCCGAGUGCUGUCGAUGUUCUAAAGACCCUCGAAUAUGUUGCCUACGCUGGCGGUCCUCUCGCACCUAAAAUGGGAAAUGCCCUGGUGGACGCAGGGGUCAAGCUUUCUUGCGUUUACGGCGCUACAGAAUUUGGUAUCAACACUUAUUUCUUCCGAAAUUCGGUCGAGCAAAAGCUUUGGGAGUGGGUGCGAUUUGGACCAAAUUCCAAGAUCAGGUGGGCUCCACAGGACGAUGGUACAUAUGAAUGUCAAGUUUUGACAAUCCCGACGCAUCAAGUGUCAGUAGAGAAUCUUUCGGACGUCAAGGGUUAUGCUACUUCGGAUGUAUUCAUCAAGCACCCGACCAUAGAGGGCUUGUGGAAAAUUGUAGGAAGGCUCGAUGACGUUUUGGUACUCUCUUCUGGGGAGAAGACUGUACCAGCUCCUAUGGAAAGCAUCAUCUCCGCCAACCCCCAAGUAAAUGGCACCGUUAUAUUCGGCCGUGGACGUAAUCAAGUUGGGAUCCUCAUAGAACCACGAGCAGGGUGUGAAAUUGACGUCGACGACGAAAAAGACCUUGCUAAGUUUAGGAACCGAGUGUGGCCCCACAUAGAAGAAGCGAAUAACGAGGCUCCUGCAUUCAGCAGGAUCUUCAAAGAGAUGAUUCUUGUGACACGCAGUGAGAAGCCCAUGCCUCGAGCUGGAAAAGGGACCGUUACCAAGAAAGCAACCGUCAAGCUGUAUGAGGAGGAGAUCAAUGCCCUAUAUGAGACGGUGGAAGGCAGCGCCAGAGCAGGUAUCGAUGUACCUUUACCCACAAGCUGGACUGCGGAAGACGUCGAGGCAUGGCUCAAGGUCCACGCUACUGCUGUGAACGCUGACAAGGCAGUCAAUCCUGAUGUAGAUAUUUUUGCUCAGGGCUUUGAUAGGUGGGUUGAAAAAAAGUCAAGGCUAACGUUCUGCUUACUUCGUGAAUCCAGUCUCUCCGCGACAUUCCUCAAAAACCGCAUUAUCGGCUCUCUCAGCUCAUCUUCAGAUCGCGACGUUCAGGUAUCAGCAUCGCGGAUUGACCAGAACAUCAUAUUUUCAAAUCCUUCGAUUCACCAGCUCGCGAGAAGCGUCAUCAAUGCAGUAUUGCAGCAGAAUGGUACAGGUGCCGUCGACGCUAAGGCUGAUAUCGAGAACACGAUCGAGAGGUAUUCAGUCGGAUUAGGUAACUCUGUCGCAGAGGCCAACACCCCUCUAGUUAAUGGGUGCAACCAAAGCGAUCAUGUGGUUGCCCUGACUGGGUCUACGGGUGGUCUUGGUUCAUACCUGCUUGCAGAUCUCCUCCAGCGUGAGGACGUGUCUGUGGUAUAUGCCUUCAAUCGCCCGUCAAAGGAGGCAUCUAUACAACAACGACAGGAGAGUUCGUUCAAAGAUCGCGGUUUAGAUUUCACUCCGCUUCAGUCAGGCAAACUAGUGUAUGUAGAAACUGAUACAUCCGAUGAUCACCUAGGUCUGGACAAGGAGUUAUAUCAGAAGAUCUGCACGUCUGUCACUAUCAUUAUUCACAACGCUUGGCGACUCGACUUUAACCUGGCGCUCUCGUCAUUCGAUUCUCAUGUACGUGGAACGCGGAAUCUUAUAGACCUGGCACUGUCUUCUCCACAUCAUCCAAAGCCGCGUUUCAUGUUCACAUCUUCUAUCUCAUCUGCUCAAAGUUGGGAUAGAGCAAAAGGACCAUUUCCUGAAGAAGUACAAUACGACGCAGGGGUUGCAAUAGGUCCUGGCUAUGGUGCGAGCAAGUAUAUUUCGGAAAGGGUUCUCGUCAACAGCAAGUUACCAGCAUCAUCAUUCAGAAUUGGACAAAUAUCAGGAGGACCCCCGCGAGGAGCUUGGUCCACGACAAACUGGCUACCGAUCAUCGUCGAAUCAAGUGUAAGUUUAGGCACGCUUCCGGAAGCCAAAGGAUUUGUGUCUUGGAUCCCUCCACACGCCGUAUCAAAUGCUAUCCUUGAUGUGGCUUUCGCGGCAGAAGAACCUCCCAUCGCGGUGAAUCUGGUGCAUCCGAGACCGGUCGCGUGGAGAACGUUGAUACAGCCCGUUGCGGACGCCUUGGUUGAGCGUAAAGUAACAAAUUACCCGCUACCACUUGUGCCGUUCUCAGAGUGGCACGACAAGCUCGAAUCGAGUGCCAAGGAUUUGAGCAAAGAGACCAUGAAGCGCAUCCCUGCUAUCAAGCUUCUCAACUUCAUGCGUUUCAUGGCCCGAUCAGACAUCGCGACCAGGGCGUCUGGAGAGAUGGGCUCCGAAGCAGGUGGCGUGGCUUCUUUCGCUACCGCCGUAGCCGAACGCGUCAGUCCAACAAUGAAGGAGCUGAAGUCGCUGUCUUCAGCGGACGCGGCACAAUGGGUGAAUUAUUGGGUGGCGAUGGAGAUGUUUCAAUGA